AUCCAGAAUUUUGCUCUCAAAAGAGGAAUGAACUUACACACAGACAGCAAAGUACACGGCUUGGAAUCAGAAGCAGAUGUUCCAUUGCAUUAAAUUUGCCGUUACUUUGUCGUCUCGAUCUUCACGUACAAUCAUUACACGACAACACGAAUAUAUUUCUCUUGUAAAUGGAAAUGUCUGCUCCUUCGACAUUUAAAAAUGACAUCUUUGCAGAAGAUCCUGCUCAGUUAUUUAUAUGGCCUUAUAUUUAUUUUUUUACUUGCAGCUUAUCUCUGAGUCCACAUGUCAAGGACUUGUGUUUUGGUCUUGCUUUCAUCAGUUUUUGUACAUUAAAACCGUUUUUAACAUUCGGUGUCGGUAAGAAUACGCACGUCAUUUUUCUACUGUAUGGCCUUUCACAACAAGCAAGUUACCACAUUCGAAAGCUCUGCCACGCGCUUGUGAAGAUUCUGCGGCUGGACGAAAACCAUGAUUCGAUGGGCUAGCUGGGUCGAACACCGGAUACAUCCUAUUCUUGUGAUUGUGCUUUUGCUGUCGUCGUAUCGUUUAAUGUCCACCACCCUAUACUCGAGAUGAUAACAGUUCUAGAAAAGACGCUGACAUCUGACAUACGUAAAUCCCAUUUGAAGCCGCAAAAAGUGAUGCCUCGUGCAAUUUUAUAUAUAGUGUGCGGCUAUCAAAGACAAAGAGUACGCAGAGGCUUCAAAGAUGCCAAAACGGAUACAAUGUCCGUGUAUUGCGACGGGACACUAAUUAUCGUGUCGGAGAUUCAUUUGACCUCUUGUAGUCU